AUGGCCCCAAAGCACAAGAACCACACUCCGCGGCUACAUCAUCUCGGAAAAUGGAUGCCCUCAACCCUCGACGCCCAUCACCAGUGGCUUGGCGGCGUAAUCGCCGAUGUCGACAACAAAGAAUCCCACGACCUUCACCCUGUCAUCCAAGAAUUCCAGGACCUCAUUGAAAACAACACCCGCGUCUACCUCCUCAUCUCCUCCAUGUUUGGCGAACUCCCCCGCAACCGAACCUACGCCACCGAUCCCACCGGCUGUCCCCAAAUGCGGGACUACGAGCACAUGCUCCUCGUUCUGAACCACCUCAUCACCACUGCUCCCUCCUGGAGCGACUUCUCCCAUCGCGUCGGGCUAGUCGGUUUACCGAUUAACGCCGUCCUGGAUUGGCCCAUGGGCACACCGAGUGGCUACGCCGCGUUCCUGGACCCAGAUAUCAACCGAAUGAUCAAGAAGAUCCUUAAUACAUGGGGUGAUUUUCUUAAAUCCCCCAAGUCUGCAAAGGUGCUUGACGAGUCCGCCUAUGGAUGGUUCGGGGAGACCGCAAAAGCAGAUCUGGUGGAGGUAGGAAACGUGCAAAAGACGAACCACUCAUUCGAGGAGAUGUUCAUUUGCGAUCCGUCUGCCGAGCACCACGGAUACACAUCGUGGGAUCAUUUCUUUACCCGGUUAUUCCGAGAGGGCAUCCGGCCCGUUGCAUCGCCCAGUGAUGAUAAGGUGAUUGCGAACGCGUGCGAGUCGCAGCCAUACAAGGUGACGCAUGAUGUCAAGGCACGCGAUCAGUUCUGGAUCAAGAGUCAGCCGUAUUCGGUGAAUGAUAUGCUGGCUUUUGAUCCGCUGGCAGAGCAGUUCGAGGGUGGUACAGUCUAUCAGGCGUUCUUGAGUGCGUUGAGCUAUCACCGCUGGCAUGCGCCCGUGUCGGGUAGGAUUGUCAAGGCGUAUGUGGUUGAUGGAACAUAUUACUCCGAGCCAUUGUUCGAGGGUCUGGGGGAUACAGAUGCGAAGGAACCGCAGCAUGGAAUUGAUAGUGCAGGGGAGGUGAUGUCGCAGGAAUAUCUGACGGCUACAGCCACGCGAGCUAUCAUCUUCAUUGAAUGCGAUAACCCGGAUAUUGGACUCAUGGCGUUCCUGGGAGUGGGCAUGUGUGAGGUCUCAACUUGUGAUAUCACUGUCUCGGAGGGCCAACAUGUCACCAAAGGCGAUCAGAUUGGUAUGUUCCACUUUGGUGGUUCCACACAUUGCCUGCUGUUCCGCAAGGGCGUUAAUGUGCAGGGUCUUCCAUCGCCCAAGUUGCGGUGUAAUGUGCCUGUUAGAAGCCAGUUGGCCGUGGUGGCUUGA